CUACCGCUCCACUCGCCCUGGACCUUCUGGCUGGACAAGUCACUUCCUGGGACGACAGCGGCUGAAUGUGCCUCAAAUUUGAAGAAGAUUUAUACAGUACAAACAGUACAGGAUUUCUGGAGUGUCUACAACAACAUUCCUCCUGUGACAAAUUUGCCUCUGAGAUGUAGUUACCAUUUAAUGCGGGGAGAAAGACGGCCGCUUUGGGAAGAGGAAAGCAAUGCCAAAGGAGGAAUAUGGAAAAUGAAGGUCCCUAAAGAAAGUACGGCUGCAGUUUGGAAAGAGCUACUGUUAGCAACUAUCGGAGAGCAGUUUACAGACUGUUGCGCAGCAGAUGAUGAAGUAAUAGGGGUUAGCGUCAGCGUUCGUGACCGUGAAGAUGUUGUGCAAGUCUGGAACGGGAAUGCCUCUUUAGCAAGUGAAGCUAAAGUUUUAGAAAAAAUACAUAAACUUCUGCCACACACAUCUUUUAAAGCAGUGUUUUAUAAACCACACAGAGAGCAUCAUGCUUUUGAAGGCCGACGGGGAAAACACUAA